AUGACCUCCUUGUUACGCGGCACAGCUUUCAUAACCGGAGCUGCAAAAGGAAUCGGCCGGGCCACGGCGGAAGCAUUCGCGCGCCACGGGGUCACCCGCCUCGCGCUGGCCGACAUCGACACAGAUGGGCUCAGCAAGACGAGGGAGAUCAUCCGCGCCCGGUGCCCCGACGCCACGGUCAUGGAGCUGCAGCUCGACGUGCGGCAGUCCGGGCAGGUCAGGGACGCGCUCGCCGAGAUCGCCAAGAGGUUCGGCCGCCUUGACAUUGCGGUGAACAACGCCGGGGUCGCGGGCCGCGGGCACAGGACCCAUGAGAUGGCGGACGAGGAGUGGGCGGGUGUUGCGGACAUCGACCUCUUUGGGGUGUGGAGGUGCCAGAAGGAGGAGCUGGUCACGAUGGUUGGACAAGAGGAUCUGGGGGUGCGCGAGGGGCGAGGGAAGAUCAUCAACGUGGCUUCAAUGUAUGGCCUCAAGGCGACCGGGCCGCAUCUGCCAGCAACCCCAUACGUCGCAUCCAAGCAUGGUAAGGACCAUUCCUGUACCGAGUCAUUGGCCUCACAAGAGCGGAUGCGAACAGCUACGGCCAUAUGA